AAAAAAAAAAUCGUCAAACUAAUGGUUCUUGUUAAGUAUCGUAUUUAAGAAGCAACUAGGACAUCUAUUCAAAGGUAUACCGUUCACAGAGGAGUUAAAGUAUCGCUGAAAUGUUUUAUCACAUUUCUUUAGAGCAUGAAAUCUUGCUACAUCCCAGGUACUUUGGGCCCAAUCUACUCAACACAGUGAAGCAGAAGUUGUUCACCGAAGUAGAGGGUACUUGUACUGGCAAAUAUGGCUUUGUCAUUGCAGUAACCACUAUCGACAACAUUGGGGCAGGAGUAAUUCAGCCAGGCAGAGGUUUCGUCCUCUAUCCAGUUAAAUACAAGGCCAUUGUUUUCCGCCCGUUCAAAGGAGAAGUAGUGGAUGCUGUUGUCACUCAGGUUAACAAGGUUGGAUUGUUCACAGAAAUCGGUCCUAUGUCUUGCUUCAUCUCCCGCCAUUCCAUUCCUUCUGAAAUGGAGUUUGACCCUAAUUCUAAUCCACCUUGCUACAAGACAGUUGAUGAGGACAUUGUAAUCCAGCAAGAUGAUGAGAUCCGGCUGAAGAUUGUGGGAACAAGAGUUGACAAAAAUGAUAUUUUUGCCAUUGGAUCUCUGAUGGACGACUAUCUGGGUCUUGUGAGCUGAGUCGUCUCUAUGGAGAACAUCUGGCGGGACAUUUUUGUGUAGUAAACUAGAUGAUGUGUUUAUUAAAAUAUUUUUCUACACUUCUACCUGUGAUAGCAGCAGCUAGCCACUUGCAUGCUACAUUUGCUGAUUUUUAUUUGAACUGGUGUAAAAGUUUAAACAAAUGCUGUGGAUCAGUACAUUUGUCUGUAACAUGAUGGUUUACAGUACAAGCCAAUCCACAGAAAUGGUUUUAGUUCUUGUUUAUGUAAACCACAUCAUUUCAGUUUUGUUUACUUGUUUCUUAUUUUUUAUUUCUGGACUGUAAUAAAGUUUG